AUGGCGAAACGGGGGGGAGCUGGCAGCCUGGUUGUGGUGACUGAAGUUGUGACAUUAUUGGCCGGCUGGAACCUCUGUUGGUUGUGCGUAAUAUCCUCGAUGCAGGACCCAGAUCUCCGGGAAUUUCUCUCCAUCAAGAAAACGUGUCUCGGCCUACAGUUCCAGAAAAGGGAAUGCCAGAGAGUACUCAACAAAUCGAGUCGGAGGCAUAUUGAGAACCACACAGCGCGCCUUCUCGGGGCCGGUUUCCCUUCUGACACGGCUGACUUAUGUCUGUGGCACCUGGCGGUACACAGCAUCUGCGGCAUCGAGAGGCACGACUUCGUCGUAUCCCAUGACGGCGUCCGACAGACGCUACACGCGCAUCUCUACAACAAAUGGCACAAAUUACUCUGGGCCGAAUACCUGAAGGCAAACGGAAUACUCCUCCAAAGGGCUCCUCCACCAUUGCAUUGUCCGGGGGAUUGGAAAAGUGCUCUGCCACCGCAACGUGGACUCGAGACAGUUCAAAGGAACGCCCGUCCAUCACACAACGGCGAGGUUGAACCGGUGCGUCCCGGUCCACCCAAACGGUCUUGGACUUUUACGUCAGCCGAUUCCCGGAUGAGCAUAUUCUUGAAGCGAGUGCUUCCUUUGCAACGAGAAUCCAAACCUCAUCGGCCCGGACUGGAGAGGCGGGACGAAGAUUUUCACAUCACCACCCUCGACUCUCUCCCCUCGGACAAACCCAGGCGGUGGGGGACAGCACAAGACGAUGGCCGGAACGACAAGUCCAGUCCAGAUGACCUUCGAUCCAACUUGAACGACGAGGCCAGUGCGGGAAUGGCACAGUUAGCAAGCACGCCAUUUCGAAGACCGAAAGAAGGCGACCACGAUGACAUAUUCAUCGACCAAGGCCAUGCGGCUAACGAAUUGGAGAGGACGCCACUGUCUGUCGGCUCGUCGUUGGCGGCGACAGUAUUUACCCCAACCGGACGGAGUAGGGAUGCCACUCCGCUUUCAGAAGUUAGCUCGAACUCCAGUGACCAACCUCAGCGAAGGCUCGGAGCUUCGGAAACGGGAAGCCCCUUGCAAAGGAAACAAGCACGCAAACAGCUGGCCGCUCGAGACCAAGCUUACAAAACCGACCCGGAGCCGGCACAUUUCAACGGGGUGGUCCUAUACUGCGGCCCCGACGAGGAUUUGCAGAAGUUCAUCCGCAAGCUGAGUUCCAAGACACAAGUUGACUUUAUGUUCGCCGAUGCUGGGGACGACGCUGGAAGCGCACAAGGGACUGUCCAGGCCCACGAUUUCUUCCGGCUAAGCAUGUCGGCGCGAGAGGCCCUAGAGGCCUUGCUCGACAAGCUAGAAAAGCCGAUCUACCACAACAGUUCCCGCGGAGGCUGCUAUAUUUACGGUUACACUCUACCGGGUACCGCGGGCUACAUAAAGAUUGGAGUUUCGGUAGACGAGCAGAAACGCCUCCAGGCUUGGGCAAGCUGCUGCGAACAGACACCCAUCAAGGUCUUCAAGGCAUAUAUGCCUUACGCGGCAGGUUUGGUCGAAAAGAUGGUCCAUUACCAUCUCCAUGAGUUUCGUCGCCAGUUCGUGUGCGGAAGUGAUGAGGUUCAGUCGCUCUUCGCCUUUGACUUCCGACGGCCGGCUACGGCCCUUUUGGCGGAAAGAAUGGGUUGA